CACACACACACCAACGCUGGGUACCGGCCGUUUUUCUCGCCGGUCGCCAUGUCUUCCAUCACCACGCGGGAGACACCAGCCAUGCGGAUCCAGCGGCUGAAGGAGGUUCUUCGGACAUUAACAGGUACUUGAAGUACUUGUACCCAUUUCGGAGGUAUGUAUUGAGACUCCAGAUAUACCAUAACAUCACAUCCCAAAUCCCAUGACUUUCACAUCACGACUGAAACAGUCAAGAUGUUUGCUGAGGGCCCUCAGUAAGAAUGGGACAUUCUGACAUUCUGAGGGCCCUCGCUGGGUGGACCUGGGUGAUUUUCAGUGCCCUGACUGUGGCCAAGGCAGAUGUGGGAACUGUGGAAACCGGCGGUAUGCCGUGGGAACCAAAAGUUUCCGAUGGCCGGGAUCACAUCUUUUGCAAUUCCCUUCUGGGUUCACCAGUCACAUCAUAGCCACAUAGCCUUGUGGCAGUGGUAAAAUAAGACCUACAGAUCUACGAAAAACAGCCGCAUGGGCCCCCAAAGCGAUGUGUUUUCCUUUUAACAUGUGUAUUCUUUUUCAACCGACAGGUCUGGAUGUGUCUAAGACAAGACCUCAAAAGCCGUGUCAACUGGGCAGCGCAGCAGAGUCAGGAGCAGCGUCAGCAGCGGCAAGGCACUGCACCAGCACCGCCGCGACAAGCGCAACUGGAGGCUCAUUUGCCACCGCCGGCCAACUUGAUGAAGUUAUCAGAAGGUGCGGCUGGAGACGUCGAGGUGAAGAAGAGGAAGCUCGAUGAGAAGAAGCUGAAGACUGAGAAGAAGAAAGACAAGAAGAAGAAGGAUAAGAAGAAGGAGAAGAAGUCCAAGGACAAGAAGAAGAAAGAUAAAAAGAGUAAAAAAAAGAAGAAAAAGGCGAGCUCUUCUUCUUCCAGUGCUUCCUCAAGCUCUGACUCUUGAGAAGCUGAGCAUAGCUGAGCCCUGUGCUGAUAGACCAGACUAGCAGUGUGGAUCAAAAAGAGAUGAACCGAACAUGACAUGGACGGACAGGGUGGACAUCAAAACAUAUGGGUUUGCUUGGGUGUUUUUCAAAGGCAGUUCCCCUGUUUGGUGGCUCUGUUUUCAUCCUGAUCAGCAGCCAGUCAGCAGGUUUUGACAGGAACCGGAUGUUUAGGGGCUCAAAGAAGGACCAGCGACCAGGCGUUGGGAUUUUUUGGCAUGUCACACCUGGAAACUGAGGGGUUGAGAUCCCUUUUUGCGGAGGAAGGAGUCUUUAGUUUGAGUGUUGAAUGAGAAAACAUGUACAACCAGCAGUUUCGAAGGG